UAAACAAAGAUCUGUCAAAAUUGUCAAAUACUGGUGAUCAAAAGCACGUUUUUACUUUGCCUCGUGCUAAUAUAUCAAUAAAAUAUGGAAGAAAAUACACCAACUGUUAGCUUAGUAUCAUGUAUGCAUUUUGUGCAAAGAGGAGUUGCCAAAUCUGUGCCUGAAAAAAUAGAAUUAACAGAAAAAGAAUUGGAAAAAAUAAUUAAACAAACGGCUGAUGAUUUGAGGAUAACAGAACAGGGUGAUGAUCAGAGUGAUGAAGAAGGUGAAACAGAAACUAGGGAACCACCAGCAAACCCUAAUGAUGAAUUUAAUUUUGACCAAUACGAUGAAGAAGACAAUACGACAGCAAACCCUAUUGGUAUUGGUACUGUGGCAACAUUGCCUAACCUAGGAGACCUCAGUGAAGAUGUUCAGAUAAGAACAGAAGGACCGGACAGUGAUGAAGAGGACGAUAUAAUCAAACCAACAGACAACCUUCUUCUUGUAGGGCAUGUGGAGAGUGAUGCUAGUAUAUUGGAAGUACACAUUUUCAAUAAAGAAGAGGGUUCAUUCUAUGUUCAUCAUGAUAUAAUACUGCCGUGGUUUCCUCUCUGUAUAGAAUGGUUAAGUCAUGACCCAACAGACCCACAACCAGGUAACUUGUGUGCGUUGGGUGGCAUGGAUCCAGUCAUACAAGUGUGGGACUUAGACAUUGAAAACUGUCUCGAGCCAGCGUACAAAUUGGGCAAAAAACCCAAUAAGAAGAAAAAAAUAAAACGUAUAGGACACAAAGAUGCUGUGCUUGAUCUGUCGUGGAAUAAAAAUUUCACACAUGUCCUGGCGAGUGGAUCUGCUGACAACACGGUACUGCUAUGGGACUUGGACCAAGGCACGCCUCAUACCAAGAUCAACUGCUUUUCCGAUAAAGUACAGUCGUUGUGUUUCCACCCGCUGGAGGCGCAGACAUUGUUGGCGGGCGCGUGCGACGGACGUGCGCGUGUGCUGGACUGCCGCACACCGGACACGCACCGCGGCUGGUCCCUCGAGCCGGAGAUAGAGCGCGUCGUCUGGGACAAGCAUAACCCAUUCUGUUUCGCUAUGAGUAACAACGUAGGUAAAGUGGCGUAUGUGGACUGCAGACAGGAUCUCCCUCUUUGGACUAUUGAUGCACACGAAAAGGAAGUAACCGGACUGAUACUGAGCGAGCAAGUUCCCGGCCUCUUGAUCACUGCGAGCACAGAUGGCACUCUCAAGACUUGGGAUGUUACGAGCGGCGGAGCUACUCAGGUGAGCAUGCGCAGUAACAGAUGUGGGCAGAGCCUGUGUGUAGCCACCUGCCCCGACGCACCGCUCUCACUGGCGCUCGGCGGAGACAACAAGCAGUGCCACAUCGAGCUCGUCGACCUCACCGUUAAUGAACAAGUACUGAAUCGUUUCGGUCCUCGCAUCCCAGCAGCCGCGACAGAAGCCAUGGAGUCCUAGUUAAUAUUGUUAUAUGUAUUGUUU